GACCAGAUAGCUAGGAAGAAGUAAGAGCAAGUCCCCAAAUCAUGAGCUCCAGCCAGUCAGGGGUCUGCCCAUGCCAGGGCUCUACAGGCCGCCCCACUAUUCUCUAUGCACUUCUGAGCCCCAGCCUCAGGGCAAGGCCCAUCGCACCCACAUCCCGCAGCCACUGCCUGUGCCAACAGCACCGGCCUGUCCGCCUGUGUGCUCCGCACCGCACCUGCCAGGAGGCCUUGGAUGUCCUGGCCAAGACAGUAUACUUCCUCAGGAACCUGCCAUCCUUCUACCAUUUGCCCCCUGAGGACCAGCGGCGGCUGCUGGAGGGCUGCUGGGGCCCCCUCUUCCUGCUUGGGUUGGCCCAAGAUACUGUGACCUUCGAAGUGACUGAGGCUCCGGUGCCCAGUAUUCUCAAGAAGAUCCUGCUGGAGGAGCACAGCAGCAGUGCUCACAGCGGCCAGCUCCCAGACCCGCCCCAACCCUCACUGGCUGCUGUACAGUGGCUCCAGCGCUGCCUGGAGUCUUUCUGGAGCCUUGAGCUGAGUCCCAAGGAGUAUGCCUACCUGAAAGGAACCAUCCUCUUCAACCCAGAUGUGCCAGGCCUCCACGCCUCCUGUCACAUCGCACAUCUACAGAGGGAGGCUCACUGGGCGCUGUGUGAAGGCCUAGAGCCCUGGUACCCAGCUGGCCAAGGCCGCCUGGCCCAAGUCCUCCUCAUGGCCUCCACUCUCAAGAGCAUUCCACCCAGCCUGCUGGUAGACCUCUUCUUCCGCCCUGUCAUUGGAGACGUUGAUAUCGCUAGACUGCUGGAGGACAUGCUUUUGCUGAGGUGACCUGCCAAGUGAGGACCCGAUGCUCCCGAAUGGGGAGCCUGGCAGACAGCACUCAGUUUCCCAGACGCAGCCCUCACUCAGCUACAGCCCCUAACUUGGACUUUCUUGGUUUGGACACAGUGUACAUACACUAGCAGGCCCUAGGUGGUUCCCAGAGCCUCUGGGACAAAACUCCUCUCCCUUCCUGGGACAGGGAUGGAACACUGGGCUGCACAUCAGGCCAGAAUUCCUCCUGACUUUGUAUAGAAUGGAAUUAAGUUAUUGAUUUUUGUAAUAAAAGGUAUGACAUGCUUGGAGCCUG